UCUAUGAAGUGACAAUGGAAAUGUCAGGUUGCUUAUCAAGAUAUUUAUUCUAAAAGAAGCGGAAGUUGUGAAGGAAACACGCAGUAGUGAACAUCCUGUGUAGUAUUAGACCUCAGUCAUUUGUUACUCAGACGCUCAGAGGAGAGCAUGACUUACAUUCACACAUCAAAACUAUAUAUUGCGCUUUUGUUUUUAUUUCUAUCCUUUCAACAAUGCUGUUCAACAGUUGAUCUGAGUGUGCAGUGUAAGAUCAUCAACCUUGAGUAUGUGGAGUGCUUCUGGCACCCAAACAUAUCAACAAUGAACUACACCUUCAGCAGUGCAUUUCUACAUAAUCCCACACAAGACUGUCCAGAAUACAUAAUGGAGCACAGUUACACUGUAGGCUGCAGAAUUCCUCUCAAAGACCCUGGUCUGAAGUUUAACAAAUUUUAUACAAAUGUAUCCACUGAAAGAAACCACACUUUUUCAAAAGAAUUUGAUUCCCUCCACAGAACAGUGCAGUUAAACCCACCCUAUAACCUCUCCGUGGUGUGGAAUGAGCAGGACGGAACACUUUCACUGCAGUGGAACAGCAGUUCCCCCCUCCAAAAAACCUGUGUAGUCUAUAUGGUGCGCAACCUGAAAGACACAAGACAGUUCGUAAACGUUACACGGACGUCAUACAGUCUGUCUCACGUCUCACAGAACAUGCCCUAUGUUUUCCAAGUGCGGAGCACUGUUGCUGAUGCCUGCGGUGGUUCAGAUCUCUGGAGUGACUGGAGUACCCCGGUGGAGUCGGGCAACGGGAUCAGCAGAGAAGGCAGGUGGCAGGGGUUUUAUGGUGUUCUGUCAGUCCUUCUGCUGUUUCUGCUGGGUUUGUUGUGUUAUUGUGAGAGGAAAAAGAUCAUCUUACUUACAGUCGUGCCUGACCCUAGCAAGAACCUACAGGAUUUGUUUCAUAAACAUGAUGGAAAUGUUGAGAGCUGGGUUCACAUCUCCAGAGAGCUGAAGGAAGCCUUUGAGCCUGACUACACAGAGACGUCCUGUGACGUGUGUGAGGUGACACCCUCUUGUGACGCCGGUCCCACACCUGUGGCCAGUCCUGCUUCUCAAACUGACAACCGUGAUGAACCAAGCACUGAAGAAUUGCGUGCAGAUGACCCAAGCACUGAAGAACACCCUACAGAUGAACCAAGCACUGAAGAACACCCUGCAGACACUGAAGAACACCCUGCAGACACUGAAGAACACCCUACAGAUGAACCAAGCACUGAAGAACACCCUGCAGACACUGAAGAACACCCUGCAGAUGAAUCAAGCACUGAAGAACACCCUGCAGACACUGAAGAACACCCUGCAGAUGAACCAAGCACUGAAGAACACCCUGCAGACACUGAAGAACACCCUGCAGACACUGAAGAACACCCUACAGAUGAACCAAGCACUGAAGAACACCCUACAGAUGAACCAAGCACUGAAGAACACCCUGCAGACACUGAAGAACACCCUGCAGACACUGAAGAACACCCUGCAGACACUGAAGAACACCCUGCAGAUGAACCAAGCACUGACAAAGAGCCCGCAGGACAGCAGAGCUCAUAAGCCAAAGUGGUGCUAACCAUUCACCUGCACUGUCGGCUCAUUCUUACUGAACGUGUUCACAUGCUACAUUUUAAUGUUUUUCUUUGCAUGUUUAUUUGACCUCAUUCAUAUCUCAUCUCACAUCUGCAGAGUUUAUGUAUAAGAAGGAUGAAAAAUGUAAUUGUUGACAUUUCUCAAUCAAUCAGUGUACUCAAAAGUUUGGGGUUGUUAUGUUGACCAAGGCUACUUUUAUUUGAUCAAAAUACUGUAGAAACUGCUAAUACUGUAAAAUAUAAUUACAAUAAAAAGUAUUUUUAUCUG